AUCAACUUUGCCUGGCUAAAGAUCAGCAGAACAUGGCUCCUUCAACUCCGGUUUUUGAUUCGAUUUCCACAGAAGUCUCGCGUUUUGAGACGGGGGCAAUUUGAUCGGUCCUGAAUGGUGUCAUAAGGCGAUUGAUUAGUCAAGGAUUACAAAUGUUGAAUCCUAGCUCUUGAAGUCAAAAGGGUUGUGCAAUUUAAUAUGCGGGGCUUAAUGAAAACAGUGUUAGGGAGUUGGAAUUUGCCUUGAAAUCUCUACGACCUAUUGUGCUUUAUGUGUUAGUCGUGAAGUCUUCUGCUGCCAAGCUUUUUCCUCGCAUCCGUUCUGGUAGCUAUGCAGAUAUUGGAUCAAGGCCAUCUAUGGAUGAUGAACACGUUAGGAUUGAUGAUCUAUCUGCCCAUCUGGGUUCUUAUUUCAAGUGUCCGAGCUCUUUUUAUGCAGUUUUUGAUGGUCAUGGAGGGCCUGAUGCAGCUGCUUAUGUCAAGAGGAAUGCUGUGAGGUUGUUUUUUGAAGAUGUUCACUUACCACAAACAUCUGAUGUUGAUGAUGCCUUCCUAAGAGCACUGUUAAAUUCCCAUAGGGAAGCGUUUUUAAAGGCUGACUCUGCAUUGGCUGAUAAAAGCAUUGUUAGCAGUUCAUGUGGAACAACAGCAUUGACUGCCCUAGUUCUUGGGAGGCAUUUAGUGGUUGCAAAUGCUGGUGACUGUCGUGCUGUUCUCUGUAGGGAAGGGGUAGCUGUUGAUGUGUCUCAAGAUCACAAGCUUUCUUAUUUGCCAGAACGCAGACGGGUUGAGGAGUUGGGUGGUCGUGUUGAAGGUGAAUAUCUUAAUGAUCAUCUUUCUGUUACUCGAGCCCUUGGAGAUUGGGAUUUAAAGCUUCCUGUUGGCUCCACAUCACCUCUAACUGCUGAGCCAGAGGUUCAACAGUUUAUGUUAACGGAGGCUGAUGAAUUCUUGAUUAUUGGUUGUGAUGGUAUCUGGGAUGUUAUGUCAAGCCAGCAUGCUGUCAGCCUUGUCCGUCGUGGGCUUAGGCGGCAUAAUGACCCAGAACUUGGUGCCAGAGAACUAGUCAUGGAAGCAUCACGCCUCCAUUCAGCUGAUAAUCUCACUGCUGUUGUUGUCUGCUUCACUUCACCUAAUCCUGUUGAGUCAUGCGAACCUCAGAGCCGAAGGUUGAGGUUCUUCUGUCUCUCUGAGGAGGCUCGGAGCAAGCUGAAGAGCUUGCUGGGAAGCAAUUGAAUGUGCAUGCAAAUUAUUUCACGUUAUUUACUGAUGUUUGGUAUGGUAAAGGAUUUUGAUCUGCUGUGACUGUUUCGAUGUUUUAGAAAAACAGCCAGCGGUUUUGUAGGGUAGAGGAGCGUGCGGGGUUAGGGUAAUACAUCAAGUGAAAUGCUAGUCUUUGUUGUUUACUGACACGAUGCAAUGUUGUUUUGGUUUCAUUGGGUUCCGCUCGCUGGGAUGGUCUGUUGUCUUUUUUCUUUGUUUUCUCUUGCACACGUCGUCUCUGUUUACGUGACCAUGGGGAUUAUGAAAUGAGACUUCAACAUAUGUGUCAUGUGCCUCUUGAAUGCAGUCCUAGUUACAAGUCUAAUUCUUGAGGAUACGAGCGAUAUUUAAUAAAGAAAUUGUUUUAGAA